AUGUUGCUCAUGUCCAAAGACACUCGGAUCAAACACAUCAUGCUACCUCCUUCUCGCCGAGAGUUCAGGGAUAUUUACGUUGUGUUCGAGUUGAUGGAGUCUGAUCUCCACCAGGUGAUUAAGGGCAACGAUGAUUUAACUGCUGAGCAUCAUCAGUUUUUCUUGUAUCAGCUUCUCCGUGGUCUUAAAUAUGUUCACGCAGGAUUAUGUAGCUACUCGGUGUAUACACCUACGAUUGAUAUCUGGAGUGUUGGUUGCAUUUUUGCGCAAAUGCUUUUAGGUAAGCCUUUGUUUCCCGGGAAAAACGUGGUGCACCAAUUGGAUCUUAUGACUGACUUCCUUGGCACUCCACCUCCUGAGUCUAUAUCAAGGAUUAGAAAUGAAAAGGCGAGGAGGUAUCUUAGCAGCAUGAGGAAAAAUCAGCCAGUCCCUCUCUCUCAUAAGUUCACUAAAGCUGAUCCUUUGGCUCUCCGCCUUCUUGAACGCCUGCUUGCCUUUGAUCCCAAAGACCGUGCAUCUGCUGAAGAUGCAUUAUCUGAUCCAUACUUCAGUGGUCUGUCAAACUCAGAGCGUGAACCAUCAACACAGCCAAUCUCAAAGCUUGAGUUUGAUUUCGAGAGAAAGAAGUUAACAAAAGAUGAUGUCAGAGAAUUAAUCUACCAAGAGAUAUUGGAGUAUCAUCCUCAGAUGUUGGAGGAAUACAAGCGCGGUGGUGAUCAGCUUAGCUUCAUGUACCCUAGGUUAGCUUCAAUAUUUAUAGAACAUAUUUUAUUUAAACAGUGAUUUUUUUGAGAAAAAAGAUGCAAUUUAAUUUUAUUCAAUAAUUAGUAUAUGUUACUCAUAUUAAAUGUGAUUAUAAAAUACUAUAUCAUAAGAUUGCAUAUACAAAAAAAAAUAUUUACAUAAUGUGUAUUACAUAUGAAAAGUACAUUUAAAACAUAAUUUAUGUAUAUAUAAAUCCAAAAAUAGAAAAUGGUAGUUAAUUAAAAGGUUACAAUUUUAAAAACGAUCUUCUAUUUUGAUGAUUUUAAAAUGAUUAUAAAUAUAAAACAAAUUAUUAAUAUAAACAUGUGUAGCCUGGAUAAUAACUUAAAAUGUGUAUAACUAAAGUAAAAUUUAAUAUUGAGUUUGUACACAAUACUAUCAAAGCAUCAUAGACAAAGGUUAUGGAACCUAAAAAAAAGGUCAUGAAACACAAAAGAAGAAGUAAGGCAAAUGCGAGAAUAAUAAUAAUGUAGUUCGUAGGUUUGCAACUCAGAUUGUAGGGCGGGAUCAAACCGUAGGAGUUAGAAUUCUUAAACCGUUUUUGUAUAUAAAUUAUUUUCAGAAACACACAAAACGUCUAUGCAAUGUGUUUAAUCAGAUUUAAGUUAAGAGUUCUUCAGAAUUUUUGAUUAAAAACCUAAUUCCAGACCUCAGACAGUGAUAAUUUUUGUAUCUUUCUACCAUUUAUAAAUUUUAGAAAGCUUUUAAGUUGGGUUUGAAGUCAUCACUCAUACAUGUUUUCGAAAGGUCAUUCAAGACCAUGUUUGAGCAAGUAUCUCAGCCUUGCAUAAAAGGAUGACCGAGCACACAAACACUACCUAGCAAACAGAAAAAAAAACUAGAACAUCAAAUAAUAGUAUUCAUAUUCAAAAUUAUUUCCAAAAAAAUCUGAUUAAUUAAAUAAUUAAAAUAAGAAACUGUAAAAUUAAUAUUACAUCAACAACGGUAGGAAAGUAAACCUUCUAUAAAUUUACAACUAAUAAUAUUUCAAAUCAUGAAGCAAAAUUUUCUUUUUAUCACAAACAAACUUAAAAACACACAGAAAUUAAAUAGCAACAAUAAAUGUUAAAUUUAAAUUUUGGUUAAAAAGGUUGACAAAAUUAUUUUAGUUAAAACGAUAAAUUGAAGACAACAAAUAAAGAACCGGUAUACAAGUUGGUGGUACUUUCUUUUAAAGACAAGUACAAAAAUGAAACUUAUUAAUUUUAAAACCAAUCAAAUUUAUACAAUACUAAUUAUAAGCUUUACAAUUGUUUUACAUAAAAAUAAAUAACCAAGAUAAAGAAUAUAUAUAGAUCUUAAAUUAUAAUUUAGUUAACUUUUUAUUAAUCUUACUAAUAUCCUACAUAAAACUCCAAUAAAACACAACAAAAUAUUUCAAAUAGUUUUAAAUUUGCAUUUAUGUUUAUAAUUCUAUAACAAGUUUCAGUGUAUAUCAUAUUUGUUCGUUUUUAAAAUAUAAAUAUAAAAAUUAAACUAAUAUUAUAGGAAAAAAUCCGGGCGUAGUCCGGAAAACCCCCUAGUAUUUCUAAAACUGAAAAAAUUGAGUUUAUUGUUAAGAUUCAAUUCUUAAAAAGCUUGAUUUCAAAUUAAAAGACUUUAAGAAAAUGGCAAGAUAUUGAAAAGAUUUUAGGUUUUUUUGUCCUAUUCAAGUAUAAUAUUUCAAGGAUUAAGUAAUAUAUAUAUAUAUAUAUAUAUAUAUAAGAAUAAUUUAAUAAAAUUUUGAGACAAAAAAAUAAGUUUUGUGGUUAUCUAAAAUAUUUAUAGACCUACUUGUAAUUUUAUUUAAAAAAUGCGAUUUCCAAAAAUUAUUGAUUAGUUUUAGUAUAAGCGUUGAAUAUUUAAUUAGAUUCGGAUAAUAUUUUCAUAAAAACUCGAAAGAUUUAUUUAUAUUUAUAGAUUAUGUAGUUGUCAAUACAUGACAAAGUGAUGUCUAAUAUUCUCUGGUUUGAUUGCCCCUUUAGUGCAGAACUAUUAGUUCCGCAUGUGGUUACUGGCAUAUUUAUAUGAGAAAAUCACCAGUUUUCCGGGAUGUCUUCAGCAGCGGUGUCAUUAGACACUAAUCGGGAUUCGCCUAGGUGGAUUUCGAAUACCUGAGUCAUUAAAAAAAAAUCUCAGAUAAUGAAUUAAAAUGAUUUUCGUCUUAAAAAAUAAUAGGUUGUGAAAAAGUGACAUGAUAUACUAUAGUCUUUUGAUAACAUGUUCAUCAUAAACAUUUAAUGUAGAAUAGGUUAUAUCCAUUCAUUAAAAUGUUUUUUUUUGUUAUGCAUCAAUAGUCUGAAUGAUAUUUUAUUUCACAAAAAUUAUGCAAAAUAUAAAUAUAUGUAACUUACGCCUAUAAUAAUGUCUUAUGUAGUCAAUGUAAGAACCAUAUACAUAAAGUUAAAGGUGUAUGCUAAAUCACAAUGUAAUGUUUCGGUCAGUAUUAGUUUGAGUCAAUUCUGUGACGUAACUUAAAUCGUGUACAACAGAUGCAAACAUAUUAAGAUUCCGAUACAUAUAUACACUACUAAUUUAUACUUUUUUCUUCAGCAUUUAUACUUUGAAAUUCUGUUAUAAACAAAUCAAAAUUGAAUCUAUCUUAAAUUUAAAUUAAUAUGAAAUAUAUAUAAAAAUUUACUAUAGAAAAGAGAAAUUUAAAUUAAUAUUUAAGAAAUUUGGUUAUUUUAAAUAAUUAAUAAAUUAAAAUAUAAGUUUUGAGUUUUUGGACCGGUCCUAAUUCAAAUGGGUUUACUCCAAAACAUCCAAAGUUGGACCAAACAUGGAAAACUUGAUUUCUUAAAUUUAUAUAAUUAAACCUAAGCUUGGUAAUUUAUAGGAUUGAGCAGAUCUAGAUUGCGAACUUCAGCCUUAGUUGACAGGUCAAGCUAGUGUCAAUUUGAUCUAAGUUAGCCAGAUAUUAUUCUUGUCACUGUUUUUAAAUGCGAUUCACAUAAGCCCAUUGAAACCAUC